AUGGGAGCUGACGAAGUGUCAAAGCUAGCGUCAUCAGAAGAAGGGAGGACUAGCACGGACCUGGCGAUGGAGGUUCAGAAACACCCUAGUAUCGAGGAAGUUGCAACAUUCAUCAUCCAGAGCACUGAUACCUGGAUGACGCCCAUAAUGUCCUUCCUCCAGGACGGGCACCUACCUCAAAACACAGAAGAAGCCAGAAAGAUCAAGAAGAGAGCAGCCAGGUUCACGAUCUUGAAUGACGUCUUGUACAAGAGAGGCUUCUCUAUGCCUUACUUAAAGUGUGUCGACGAGGAAGAGGCCAAAUACAUCCUGGAGGAAGUACACGGAGGAAUUUGUGGCGACCAUGCCGGCUCUAGAUCCCUGGUAAACAAGGUGGUAAGAGUAGGGUAUUUUUGGCCAACCAUGCAGGUGGACGCUGUUGAGAUUGUCAGGAGGUACGACAAAUGCCAGCAAUACGGGAAUGUGCAAAGGCUUCCAGUAGAGAAAAUGACGACUAUAGCUUCCCCAUGGCCAUUCGCAUAA